CCCGCCCCGCCCCUCCCCUCCUCUGGAGCCUGGUGGUAUGGAGACGCGCACGCGGCGGGUGCUGGUGGUGGGCGGCGGGCUGGCGGGGCUGGGGGCGGCCCAGCGGCUGAGCACCCACCCCGGCCGCGUCCACCUGCGGGUGCUGGAGGCCACGGCGCGCGCGGGGGGCCGCGUCCAGUCCGAGCGCAACUUCGGUGCUGUGCUGGAGGUGGGUGCCCACUGGAUCCACGGGCCCUCGCCGGGCAACCCCGUCUUCCAGCUGGCUGCCCGGUAUGGGCUGCUGGAGGAGCGGGCGCUGUCGGAGGAGAACCAGCGGGUGAACACAGGAGGCCACGUGGGGCUGCCCUCCGUGUCCUACUGCUCUGGCCGCCGGCUGAGCCCUGAGCUGGUGGCAGAGAUGGUCGAGCUCUUCUACAGCCUCCUGGACCAGACCCGGGAGUUCCAGCGGGUGGCCAAGCCUCCUGCGUCCAGCGUCGGGCAGUUCCUCAGGAUGGAGCUGGGCCGGCGGGUGGCCAGCUGGACAGACGGCCCGGAGACCCAGCAGCUCAAGCUGGCCAUCCUCAGCAACCUGCUUCACGUGGAGUGCUGCGUCAGCGGGACCCAUAGCAUGGACCUGGUGGCCCUCACAGCCUUUGGAGAGUACACCGUGCUGCCUGGGCUGGACUGCACCCUGCCCGGGGGCUACCAAGGACUCACGGACCGCCUGGCGGCCUCCCUGCCAGAAGACACGCUGGUCCUCAACAAGCCCGUGAAGUCCAUCCGCUGGAAGGGGACCUUUGAGGAUGCCGGCUCUCCGGGGGACACCUUUCCUGUGCUGGUGGAGUGUGAGGACGGGGACUGCUUCCCGGCACACCACGUCCUGGUCACCGUGCCCCUGGGCUUUCUUAAGGAACGUCUGGACUCCUUCUUCGAUCCCCCGCUGCCCCGGGAGAAGGCCGAGGCCGUACAGAGAAUGGGCUUUGGCACCAACAACAAGAUCUUCCUGGCCUUUGAGGAGCCAUUCUGGGAGCCGGGCUGCCGGCACAUCCAGGUGGUGUGGGAGGAUGCGUCCCCCCUGCGGGACCCAGAGCCUGCCCCCACCCACGACACGUGGGCCAGGAAGCUCAUCGGCUUCUGGGUGCUGCCUGCCUCAGGGUCUGCCCACGUGCUGUGCGGAUUCAUCGCUGGCCAGGAGUCUGAGUUCAUGGAGACGCUGCUGGAUGAGGAGGUGCUCCAGACCCUGACCCGGGUGCUGCGUGAGGUCACCGGGAACCCCCAGCUGCCGGCCCCCCGGCGCGUCCUGCGGUCCCGCUGGCAUAGCGCCCCCUACACCAGGGGCUCCUACAGCUACGUGGCAGUGGGCAGCUCUGGCGACGACAUUGAUCUGCUGGCCCAGCCCCUGCCCACAGAUGGUGAAGACCCCCAGGGGUGACACGGAGGGAUACCAGCUGCCCCUACCGCAUCUGGGGUGACGAUCCCAGAGCAAGGGUGCCGUCUCGGGCUGGGCGCCAUCCGCAGAGCUGAGUGUCCACAGCCCGCUGCCCUCUUCCUGCAGCUCAUGACUUCCUUUCUGGGGUGUUGGGGUGGAAGGAGCCAGGCUGCCCCCAGCCUGACGCCACCAACACCUGCCCUAGAGUGGUCACAUCUGCAGCUUGCUUUUCUUUCUCUGUUUGGCCCUCACAUUGUCUGUUUCCUUCCUAAUUUCCACCUCUGGUGUCUUUCUCCUUGUGUCUGGGAGGUGUCUGCAGAAUUACUGAGGUUUACGUCUUGGGAGCAUGUGCUGUCCUGCCCUCCCCUGACUGGGUCAGCCAGGAAGCC